GAAUAAUUCGCAACAUACGAUAGUUGCAGGUCAGAAUAGAUUCUUUCUCCGGAUUUUAUUGUUAGCAAUGGAACCAAGUGGAAACAAGCAAAAGGUUUUACAAAACACUGGCAAAUUCAUUUCAGAGUCAAGAGCGGAAGGCGAUGACUUCUUUAAUGAAGCAGGAUAUCGACAAUCACGAGAAAAUGAUAAAAUCGAUUCGAAAUAUGGAUUUGACCGUGUUAAAGAUAGUAUGGAAAGAACUGGCUACCUUAUAAAUAUGCACACCACUGAAGUUUUAGAUGAAGACCGACGUUUGGUUGCUGCAUUAGAUUUGUUUUUUAUACAAAUGGACGGAUCACGAUUCAAGUGUACAGUGGCCUACAAGCCAUAUAUGCUAAUAAAGCCAGACGAAAAACAGGCUUUGGAAUUAGCAAGAUUUUUGACCCGAAAAUAUUCCGGACAACUGGCCGGUAUAGAACACAUAUAUAAGGAAGAUUUAGAUUUGCCUAAUCAUUUGGCUGGUUUCAAACAACAAUACCUUAAAUUGACAUUCCUUAAUCAAACAGCAAUGACCAAAGUAAGACGGGAAAUAAUGGCUGCUGUUCGCAAGAAUAGUGAACGGGAAAAGUCUAAUACUUUUUAUUUGCAAAUGUUGUCAUCGUCUCUGGCAGCCAAUUCAACCCAUGAGAAUGAUAUCAAUAAGAAACAGCUGGAUUAUAUGGAUUGCAUUAAGGAGGUAAGAGAACAUGAUGUUCCUUAUCAUGUUCGAGUUUCUAUCGACCUAAAAAUAUUUUGUGGCCAAUGGUAUAAUAUACGAUGUAGGAGCGGUGGUAUAGAAUUGCCAAUUAUAACAUCUCGUCCAGAUAUCUUGGAACGUCCGGAACCUGUAGUACUUGCUUUUGACAUCGAGACAACAAAACUACCUCUAAAAUUUCCUGAUCCACAAACUGAUCAAAUAAUGAUGAUAUCGUACAUGAUAGACGGACAAGGAUAUUUAAUUACUAAUCGCGAAAUUAUUUCAACUGACGUUGAUGAUUUUGAGUAUACGCCUAAGCCAGAGUUCGAAGGAAAUUUUAUUGUCUUCAACGAGGAAAAUGAAAUGCAGCUAAUACAAAAGUUUUUUGAUCAUAUUAUGGAAGUACGACCCCAUAUAGUGGCAACAUAUAAUGGUGAUUUUUUUGAUUGGCCAUUUGUUGAAACUCGUGCGGCUCUAUAUGAUUUGGACAUGAAACAGGAAAUAGGGUUUUCCAAGUCGAGAGAUGGGAAUUAUUUGUCCAGGCCAUCAAUUCACAUGGAUUGUUUAUGUUGGGUAAGGCGUGAUUCCUACCUCCCUGUUGGUUCGCAAGGUUUGAAGGCGGUUGCCAAAGCUAAAUUGCGUUAUGAUCCUGUCGAGUUAGAUCCAGAAGAUAUGUGUAAAAUGGCCGUGGAACAACCACAAGUUUUAUCAAAUUAUUCUGUGUCGGAUGCCGUGGCCACAUAUUAUUUAUACAUGAAAUAUGUUCAUCCUUUUAUAUUCGCCCUAAAUACUAUCAUACCUAUGGAACCAGAUGAAAUUUUACGGAAAGGAUCCGGAACUCUUUGUGAAACUUUACUCAUGGUGCAGGCUUACCAUGCGAAUAUUGUUUAUCCAAAUAAACAACAAAGUGAACUGAAUAAAAUGUCAAGCGAAGGACAUGUUCUAGAUUCGGAAACUUAUGUUGGUGGACAUGUAGAAGCUUUAGAGUCGGGUGUGUUUCGAGCCGAUAUACCAUGUCGUUUUCGAUUGGAUCCCAAUAUGGUGCAAACUCUUAUGGACAGUGUUGACCGUGUCUUAAAGCAUGCUAUUGAAGUGGAAGAGGGCAUACCUCUUGAAAAAGUAACAAAUUUAGAAUCGGUCCACAAAGAAAUUUGCCAAGGUCUUCGGGGCCUCCAUGAUAUACCAAACCGUUUGGAGCAACCUGUAAUCUAUCAUUUGGAUGUGGGUGCUAUGUAUCCUAAUAUUAUUUUAACCAAUCGUUUACAGCCUUCUGCUAUGGUAAAUGAUACAGAUUGUGCCGCAUGUGACUUCAAUAGACCAGGAGCAAAGUGCAAACGUGUAAUGGAUUGGUUAUGGCGUGGCGAAAUGUUGCCGGCCUCACGAAAUGAAUUCCAACGAAUUCAACAGCAAUUAGAGACAGAAAAAUUUCCGCCGCUUUUUCCGGGCGGUCCAACUCGAGCAUUUCACGAGCUGUCAAAAGAGGAUCAAGCUGGAUAUGAGAAAAAGCGGUUGGCCGAUUACUGUCGAAAAGCGUACAAAAAAACAAAAAUUACAAAAUUGGAAACAAGGACGUCAACGAUCUGUCAGAAAGAAAACAGUUUCUAUGUCGAUACGGUCAGAGCAUUCCGUGAUAGACGUUACGAAUAUAAAGGUUUAACUAAAGUUGCAAAAGCUGCAGUAAGCGCCGCUAUUGCUUCCGGCGAUGCGUCAGAAAUAAAAGCGGCUAAAGGUCGAGAAGUUCUUUAUGAUUCGUUACAAUUGGCUCACAAAUGUAUUUUAAACUCAUUCUAUGGCUACGUAAUGAGACGAGGUGCGAGAUGGCAUUCAAUGCCUAUGGCGGGCAUUGUCUGUUUGACUGGUUCGAAUAUAAUUACUAAAGCGAGAGAAAUAAUAGAAAGGGUCGGUCGACCUUUGGAGUUAGAUACGGAUGGUAUUUGGUGUAUACUACCUGCAUCAUUUCCCCAGGAAUUUACGGUCUUAACAAAUCACGAAAAGAAAAAGAAAAUCAAUAUUUCCUAUCCAAAUGCAGUACUCAAUACUAUGGUCAAAGAUCACUUUACCAAUGAUCAGUACCAUGAGUUAGUGAAAAAAAAAGAUGAAGAUUCUGCAGAGCCUCCUGAUUAUACAAUCAGAGAAGAAAAUUCUAUAUUUUUCGAAGUUGAUGGCCCUUACUUGGCCAUGGUUUUGCCAGCCGCUAAAGAGGAAGGUAAAAAACUCAAAAAACGUUACGCGGUAUUUAAUUUUGAUGGAUCUCUAGCUGAACUAAAAGGAUUUGAGGUCAAAAGACGAGGUGAAUUGCAACUUAUUAAAAAUUUCCAAAGUUCUGUCUUUGAGGCAUUCUUGGCAGGCAGCACAUUGGAGGAGUGCUAUGCCUCUGUGGCUAAGGUUGCUGAUUAUUGGCUUGACGUACUAUACAGCCGUGGAUCCAAUUUGCCAGAUUCAGAACUUUUCGAAUUAAUUUCAGAAAAUAAGUCUAUGUCAAAAAAGUUGGAAGAGUAUGGUGCACAAAAGAGUACGUCGAUAUCAACGGCAAAACGUUUAGCGGAAUUUUUAGGAGAACAAAUGGUUAAAGACGCUGGAUUGGCCUGCAAAUAUAUAAUUUCGAGAAAACCAGAAGGAGCACCAGUUACAGAAAGAGCAAUCCCCCUGGCAAUAUUUCAGUCAGAACCUAGUGUGCGAAGGCACCAUUUACGUCGGUGGUUGAAAGACAAUACAAUGGGGGAUUCUGACAUCAGGGACGUUCUUGAUUGGAAUUACUAUAUAGAACGUUUAGGAGGUGCUAUACAAAAAAUUAUCACAAUACCUGCCGCAUUACAAGGUUUAUCAAAUCCCGUGCCGAGGGUACAACACCCCGAUUGGUUGCAUAAGAAAAUAUCUGAAAAGAAUGAUGUUUUCAAACAACGCAGAAUAAAUGAAAUGUUUACCGCAAGACCAAAGCCUAAACCAGCUCUCCCAUCAACAAGUAAUGAUAGUGAUGCGAAAAAUAUCGACAUAGCGGACAUUGAAGACCUGGCAGGAUGUGAUGAAAAUGUUGAUGGCCGACCAAAAGUCACUAAAAGGAAGAGAAAUAGUUCACCUGAUGAAGAUGUAGAGAACGCACAAGCCGAGGCAUCAUCUUGGCGCCAGGCUUUAGGUCCUCCACCAGCUAUUGGAACAACACGUAACGAUAUUGUAGAAUGGGUAAAAUUCCAAAAACGUAAAUGGGAAUGGCAAUUUGAAAGACGGCAGCGCUACAGGCAGCAAAGCAAACGCAUACGAAACGACAAUUCAAACAAUACCAAUGAUCCCCAAAAUGCUGCCAAAGGAGCAACUUCUACAGCAACAUUAGGUGGUUUCUUAAGAAGAGCCCAAAGAACAUUAUUGGACCAAAUAUGGCAAAUACUUCAAAUAGUUCCCAUUGACGAUUUGGGGCAUUUUACAGUAUGGGCAAUGAUUGGCGAAGAAUUGCACCGAAUCAAGCUAACUGUGCCCCGCAUAUUUUAUGUCAAUCAAAGAAGCUUAGCUCCUCCGGAAGAAGGUCAAAUGUGGAAAAAAGUAAAUCGUGUGUUGCCACGAUCGCGGCCAGUGUACAACUUGUACCGUUAUAGUGUACCAGAACAAGUUUUUAAGGACAAUUGUUUAGGAAUGUUGGCAGAUCUAGCUACACCUGACAUCGAAGGAAUUUAUGAGACCCAGAUGUCUUUAGAAUUCAGAGCUUUAAUGGAUAUUGGUUGCCUUUGUUCUGUUCAACGUGAAGAAUCACGCCGUUUAGCUGCAUUGGCCACCAAAGACUUGGAAAGUUUUUCAAUAGAACAACUAGAACAAAAAUCACAAGCCCACAUAAAAUAUCUUCAAAGUUCGAACGCAAAAUUAAGAAAAAUUUUUCUUUAUCAACACAAUAUACCUACAGCAAAGAAAGAGAUGUGGGCUCUCUUUCUUGUGGCCAGCAAAAAGGCUAUAAUAAUUGCUUUAGAUACUGUACGUACUAAUCAAAUGCCGAAUUUAAGAAACCUCUACACGGCUGAACGGUUAGCCCUUGUAAAGAAUCUUCAAAAUACAAAUGACAUUGAAAAAGUUCCUUCGGAUGAGUUCCAUUUUGAGACAUUUAUAGAAGUGGAUGUUAAACAGGUGUAUCGUCACAUACAGAGAGCAUUGUCCGUCUAUAAAGAGGAGAAGCGGGGACCAUCAAUGAUUUGCAUGCAAACCGCUACAGACGCCCGCAAAUUAAGUGCUAACAUGCCGGUGUUACUAGAUUUUCCUCAAGCUCAAAUUCACAUAUCAGAUGAUGCCUCCCUGUUAUCAGGAUUAGACUGGCAAAGGCAAGGUUCUAGAGCUUUAGUAAGACACUUUUUGAAUCUUAACAAUGUGGUAGAAUUGAUGCUGGAUCAAUGUAGAUAUUUUCACGUACCAAUUGGAAAUAUGCCGCCUGACACAGUACUAUUUGGGGCAGAUUUGUUUUUUGCGCGUUUACUACAAAAGCAUAACUUCAUAUUAUGGUGGUCCGCAACGACAAGACCUGACUUAGGAGGCCGUGAAGCAGAUGAUAGCAGAUUACUUGCCGAAUUUGAAGACAGCGUCACAGUGGUACAAAAUCAAGCUGGAUUUUAUCCCGAUGUCUGCGUGGAACUAGCUUUAGACAGUUUAGCCGUAUCUGCUCUAUUGCAAUCUACAAAAAUUCAAGAAAUGGAGGGUGCAUCAUCGGCCAUAACAUUUGAUGUUAUUCCUCAAGCUUCCCUCGAAGAAAUGAUUGGUACAGUUCCAGCAGCAACGCUUCCUAGUUAUGAUGAGACAGCUUUAUGUUCGGCUGCGUUUAGGGUAAUGCGCUCCAUGGUAAAUGGCUGGCUUAGAGAAGUGUCUAUUAACCAAAAUAUAUUCUCGGAUUUUCAAAUUGUUCAUUUCUACAGAUGGGUGAGAUCUAGCAAUGCUUUACUAUACGACCCUGCUCUGAGAAGAUCCUUGAAUAACUUAAUGCGUAAGAUGUUUCUUCGCAUUGUCGCGGAAUUUAAACGUUUGGGAGCGAUCAUCAUCUAUGCAGAUUUCAAUCGUAUCAUUUUGUCCUCGGGCAAAAAAAAUGUAGCGGAUGCCUUAGCAUAUGUUGAUUAUGUGGUGCAGUCGUUGAGAAACAAAGAAUUGUUUCAUUCGAUACAGCUUUCAUUUGAACAAUGUUGGGAAUUUAUGCUGUGGCUUGAUAACGCUAACUAUUCUGGAAUUCGUGGGCGUCUGCCUAAAGGCUUAGAUGAAACAGCUUUGGGAGAUGUUACUGCCACCGCUUUGGCAGUGCAGUCUGAGCAUAGAAAGAGGGACAUUGAUAAUCGAGAUUCAGAGAACGAAAACGAAGAUGAUGACAAUGAUGUGGAAGAAGUUCCUAGAGAAGAGGAUGACAACCAAGCUGAUGAAGAACAACUUUCGUUGGAACUAAAUUGGACAAUAAGUGAGCAUUUGCCCGAAGAAAACGAAUGCAGAGAGAAAUUUGAAGCUAUAAUAACCCUCUUUAUGCAAUCGCUAGCAGAACGCAAAACAACUAAACAAGCCAUCAAGGACAUCUCUCAUGCCGCUUUUGAUUUUAUAAUAAAGUUACACAAAAACUAUGGCAAGGGAAAAUGUAGUCCUGGCUUGGAUUUAAUACGUACAAUUAUAAAAGUCUUGAGUGUUGAUAAGUGCCUAAUAGAGGAUAUCAAUGAUUUUCGCCGCAACAUGUUGCGUUUGGUGGGAGUGGGUGAAUUCUCCGACUUGGCGGAAUGGAGAGAUCCAUGCGACAGUUAUACUAUAUCCGAAGUCAUUUGUAAAGCUUGUAAUCACUGUCGGGAUUUGGACCUGUGUAAAGAUAAACAUAGAGCAAUGAAGGAUGGAAUACCAGUUUGGCUGUGCGCUCAAUGUUUUGUAGCCUAUGACAAUGAGGAAAUUGAAAUGCGUAUAAUUGAUGUUGUUCAACGUAAAUUGAUGUCGUACGUACUGCAAGAUUUGCGCUGUGUGCGUUGUAAUGAAAUCAAAAGAGAGAACCUGGCGCAAUUUUGCACAUGUGCCGGCGAUUUCGAACCCUUGAUAUCAGGCAAUGAAAUCAAUCAUUUGUUUAAAACGCUUCGCAAAGUUGCCGAAUAUCAUAAAAUGGAUUUGUUGCAUGAAACUCUGCACCAAAUUGUAGCCAUCAAAUAAAAUUCAAUUUCCACCUUGCUAUUUAUGUAAAUAAAUUUGAAGAUUGUUUUCGACUUCUUCGAAUUCGUACCCAUUUAUUUUUAA